GGGGCCGGGACGGGCCGCGCCGCGCCGCCGGGGCGCCGCACCCCCGGGCCUGGCCGGCCGCCCCCGCCCCGCUCCAGGGAAGGCAGCGGACGGAGGAGGCCGCCCCGGCUCGCUCCCCCGGCUCGAUCCCUGUCGGGCGGGGAGCGGCCCUGCGGGAUGUGAAUCCAAAUGGAGCAGUCGGAAGGAGGCGAGCAGAGCCAGCAGCAGCCGCAGCCCUGGGGGAAGCUGAUCCGGCUGGGUGCUGAUGAGGCAGAGCCGCACGUCCUGCUGCUGAAAAGAGAAUGGACCAUUGGGCGGAAGAAAGGCUGUGACUUAUCUUUCCCUGGCAACAAGUUGGUGUCUGGAGAUCACUGUAAAAUCAUAGUGGAUGAAGAGUCUGGUCAAGUGUCAUUGGAAGAUACAAGUACUAAUGGAACAGUAAUUAAUAAACUGAAAGUGGUUAAGAAGCAGACAUACCCAUUACAGACUGGGGAUGUGAUCUAUGUUGUUUACAGAAAAAAUGAGCCAGAGAACAAUGUUGCUUAUCUUUAUGAAUCCUUAAACACAAAACAUGAUGCAACUCAAGAACCAGUAGAAGUUAAUGUAGAAAACCAAUGCCAUGUGACCAAAGAUACCUCAAGUACAGGAAGAAGUAAUGAUGAGACCCAAAUUACCUCAUCACUGUCAGCUACUCAGUCUUGCUAUGAGGAACCACAGCCAUCUACUUCUACAUCAAACCUCUUUAAUGCUUCUUCUACCUCUCCAGUUGAGUCUGCAUCUGUUCAGCAGGAUAAUCCAUCUACUUCUGGAUCACAGUCUUCAGUUGUCACUCCUGUGCCUGCUUUCCCCAUCUUAAAUUCCAUGUGUGAAGGAGCACUCCACGACAAGCAUGAAAAGCUGGAUGUGAAUGCUGAAGCUUCUGCAGUUGCUCCAGAAAUCAGUGACAAAGAAAAUGCAGAAUCAGAUUCUCAAAGGGAGGAGGAAGGUUUGGAACCUGCUAAAAAGAAACUAAAAAGAGAUGAAGAUACUUGUCCAAAUCUUUCACCAGCAGCUCCAAUUGAAUGUAUAAUUAAAAUUGGCUGUGAAGAUGCAAAAACAUCAAAUGUGAAACCAGAUAAGAUGGAAGAGACGUUAACUUGCAUUAUCUGCCAAGAACUGCUGCAUGACUGUGUAAGCUUGCAGCCUUGUAUGCAUACUUUUUGUGCUGCCUGCUACUCAGGAUGGAUGGAAAGAUCUUCUCUGUGUCCAACUUGUCGUUGUCCAGUAGAACGUAUUUGUAAAAAUCACAUCUUGAACAACUUGGUUGAAGCUUAUCUGAUUCAGCAUCCAGAUAAAUGUCGCAAUGAAGACGAUGUUCGGAGCAUGGAUGCCAGAAACAAAAUUACUCAAGACAUGUUGCAGCCUAAGGUGCGGAGAUCUUUUUCAGAUGAGGAGGGAAGUUCUGAAGAUUUACUGGAAUUGUCUGAUGUAGAUAGUGAAUCCUCAGAUAUCAGUCAACCAUAUAUAGUGUGCAGACAGUGCCCAGGGUACCGAAGACACUCUGUUCCAACUGUGCCUGGCACAGGCCAGGAGACAGAGGCAGGAGGAAUGCAGGCUCUGGGAGAUGCUCCAUCAACCUCUGCCAACUUCCCUGCAGCUGUUCAGGAAUAUGUGUGUCCUGCUCAAGGAAGUCAUGUAAUAUGCACCUGCUGCUUUCAGCCAAUGCCUGACCGAAGAGCGGAGCGUGAGCAGAAUCCUCAUGUUGCUCCUCAGCAAUGCACAGUUUGUCUGCAGCCCUUCUGUCACUUGUACUGGGGCUGCACUCGCAUGGCGUGUUUUGGCUGCUUGGCACCAUUCUGUGAAAUAAAUCUUGGUGAUAAGUGUUUAGAUGGCGUCCUGAAUAACAACCACUAUGAAUCAGAUAUCCUAAAGGAUUACCUGGCAUCCAGGGGUCUGACAUGGAAAAAUAUGUUAAAUGAAAGUCUCUUAGCUCUUCAAAGAGGAGUUUUUAUGUUGUCAGAUUACAGAAUUACUGGGAACACAGUGCUUUGCUACUGUUGUGGCCUUCGCAGCUUUCGAGAACUUGCCUACCAGUACAGGCAGAAUAUUCCUGUUGCUGAAUUACCAGUGACUGUCACGUCACGUCCUGAUUGCUACUGGGGACGCAACUGUCGAACUCAGGUCAAAGCACAUCAUGCCAUGAAAUUCAAUCACAUUUGUGAGCAAACACGAUUCAAGAACUGAAAACUUGUAGUGUGUAGAGAGGGGACAAAAACCUGUUACACUGCUUGUACAGUUUAACGUUUCGGGGGAUCUGCCCAGUUCCCCCAGAGCAGGGAAUCAUUCACUUUUGCAUCAGGUAACCUGAUGUGAAAUUUUUGAUUUGUAGAAUUUUACAGCUGUACAUGAAUAAGAUAGAUAAUUUUUUUUCCAAGGUAGUCUGACAAGCAUUGCAUUUCUUGCUUAUGACUACAGUGUCCCUGUAUCACUUCAGUGAAGAACACAAAAUAAUCACACUCACAAAAACCAGCCAUAUCUUGGGAUGACCUAAGAAUAAGGAGUGUAUUUGCACUACUUGUGAAGAAACUAAGAAAAAUCGUUAGACUUAAAACAGAGAAGUUUUGUAAAAGUAUCUGAUGGGUAUUUCAAGAGCCAUUAAUAUUUAAGAAGGAAAUUGUCCGUGUAUAUUUGUAACUGCAUUUUGCGGUAGUCCGGUAUUUUGUUGCUACCCAUUGCAUUUGGGCUAGAAACCACAUUAAUAUUCCUUUUAAAAAAAAUCCAUCCAAUAAACAGCUGUUUCAGCUUAAAGCUUCUGCCAUAUAUGCAGUGUUACAGUGGAGGUGGUACAGUUUCCUUUCUUACUUUAGACAUGUUGAUGUUUUUAUUCACAUGAAAAUACAAAAAGAAUUGCACAAAAAUUUGAAGAUCACAUUUAAAGUUGGGGUAAUACUUGAAGCAGAACAGACUUCUGCUAAUAUUACUUCUGUAGUGUUUUCUAUCAGAAGACCAAACAGUGCUUUUGACGUAUAGCAGCCAGUAGGACACACUGGUUCAUUUUUUUGUAUUUCUUUUUUGGUUUGAUACCGUGUGCUAAAUAUGUACCUCUGCAAUGCAGCUGUUCUCUAGCAUGCAUACACUGGUGAAAAUGUAGAAAAAGCUAUAAUUUAAAACAGAAUAUAGCAGCUUUACUGGAAGGAACAAUCUUACUGAAAAUAAGUGAGUUUGGACAAAUUGUAGCAAUAUGGAGGCAUUUCUGGAUAGGGAUGGAGAUAGGGAUCAUGAAGGGGCACACUGGUGUCACUGAACAGGAAACAGAUUUUAUUUUCAUGCCUUCUGCAGAGCUCAUUCAGGAGAUGUCCCAAGUGUCAUUAAAAACAAAGAAAUCCCAACUUUUCCCCUUCCCUACAAAUUGAUAUGAUCUAAUCUGUUUCAUCAUGAUCUGGUUGCUAAUGUUGACAAACCUCGACUGGGACCAAUUUUGUUUUCAUCAUACCUAGAAGAGCGAAGCAGAAUGAGAAGAAAGCAUACAAAGUUACCUCUGUAGAGACCAUGUUAUUUUUAAGUAUGCCUUAUUUUAUGAGUGGGAUUUAUACUUGGAUGUUAAAAAGUGUGCACACAGUAUCUUGUGAUAUAAUGGAGCACAAAUGAUGCAGCACAUUGUGUCUACUGGUUGCAGUGAAUUAAACAACUAUAUCCAGUAAUGCACAUCUUAAUAUGAAUGCUAAUUAGAAUGAUGUCUUUCUGUUUAGAUUUUUUAUUUUUGAAAAUAGCUGUUGCAAGGAUGGGUCUGUUGACCAUACCCUUAUGCUAUUAAAAAUACACUUUGGUGUGGA